AUGGCUUCUGAAGCAGGUGACGUCGUACCAUCGACGCCCAUAUCGGGUGCUAUUCCAGCUCCGCAACCAUCCGUAGCCUCCAUCGUGCAGCCUCCAGCGGCUCCAACGGACGCAGCAUCGCGUUUCAGAGGCGCAUCAGUGGAAGACCUUCAACUUUCGCCAGCCGUUUGCGUAGAUCUUCGAACGCCUUUGGGAUCCGCACUUCGCAUCGCUCACGAUCACGAUUAUUCUCAACUUCCGGUGAUGGAUGGACGUAAACCCAAGGGAUACUUGGAUGUGAAGGAAGCUGUGCAUCGGACGGGGACGGGUAAACUUAGCGCAGAGAGAAAUGUGUCGGAGGCUAUGACGAGGUUCAGAGGAGAAAGCGCCGGAGGUACCUUUACCGUCAUCACCCCCGACACGGGCUUGGCCGAGCUUGAAGGUGAGCGAUGUGAGAUGAGAUGCAGGGUGCCAUUUGAAGAAGAGCGCAGGUGGAUGAUGAUCAUGGUGCCGUUCCGUCGGACGCAUGUAUGCUCACCCACCUCUUCACUUCUACGCACGCGCGUCCUGCUUUUCAGCUUUCCUCGACUCGAACCCCUUUGCGUUUGUGACAGACGUGGAUCGCCAAUUCGUCAUCGGCAUCGCCACGUCGGAAGAUCUUUCGCGCUACAUUGCUCGCAGAGGCCUGACGCCGGCUCCUUCGCGAGGUGCGGGGGACAAGUCGAAUGCAGAUGCGUCAAUGGACGUUGAUGGGAAUCAGACGCCCACGGGUGAUCAGACGAGUACAAGGGAAGGCGAUACCGUGUCUGUGAAAGGUGCACAGGCCAGCGCAAGUCAAGAACAACCUCUUUCGAGAAGGGCAGAGGAGGAGAGGAGAAAAGAUAGGACUUUGGGAGAGUUCUUGGGUAUGCUCGACGGCUAUGAUCCAUUGGUGAGCGGGACUGGUCAAUCGGUUGAAGGCAUCUCAAGAAGCGCCUAUCUUGACUGAAUUCGCUUGCACCCUAGAUCCCGGACGAGGUCACGGAGCACUACUUGUCUAAAGUAGGCUUCGAAUGCGACGAUCAGCGCCUGUAAGUCGGCCAAGCGCGCUUCCGUGUAGCUAGACAUUGCGCGGGGCUGACCCAUUCUGUGCGCUCGUCCUCUCAGCAAACGCUUGCUGUCCCUAGCAGCCGAGAAGUUUGUUUCAGACAUUGCGACGGAUGCUUUUCAGUACGCUCGAAUUCGCACCAAUGCGGGUCCGGGACGUCAACGAGCUGGCGCGAGCGGCGCAAGGGUGAGCCAAUGCACUUCUCGUCGCGCUGUGCGGGGAUACGUUGGGGCUGAUGUACACUUGCUUCGUUCUGCAAUCGCAUACAAAGGAUCGAGCUCGUACUGUGCUGACCAUGGACGAUCUGAGCGCUGCCCUAGGAGAAUACGGCAUCAAUGCUGGACGCUCCUUCUAUCAUUAG